CUGGGAACAAAAGCCGCAGGCCACUUUGAAAAGGCGAAGCUGCAGGUUCGCGACGAGCCUUUGAAGUCAAGUUUUUGUCCACUUAGGCCCCUGUGAACUGCUGGGUAAAGAAAAAAAAAGACAGCAUGAUGGCAAAGGAAGAUGUGGUGGAUCUGAGGGGGUCAGAAAGAGGAGUGUGGUUGAUGAAAGUACCCAGUUUUGUGGCGGAAAUGUGGAGGAAAGCACCGACUGGCGACAACGAACUUGGGCGCGUCCGAUUCUCGUUCGAUCCGCUAGCUCCGAAGGAACCGCCGGAGUUCAUGAUCCAAUUGGCAGGGGCAGAAGCAGCUGGCGUGCCCAAGGAGUACAGCCUAAAUUUCACAAGCGACAUGCUCAACAUGCACGUAUUCUCCGAAACGCCUCAAGGCACGGUGUCCGUGGAUGGGAGGGUGGAUCGAAAAUUCGAUAUGAAGCCUGUAGGAGGUGAGGAGUACUGGAAGCUCUGCCGGGAAAGACAUGACAGAUCGAUGACAAGACUCCGUCAGAUUCAGUGGACGGAGAAAAGGAACAUCCUGCCGGUGCCCGGCGCCGGCCUAGACAAGAAGCUUGGCAGAGUCAAGCUGGGUUCGACUGAAGGAAAAAGGAUCAGGCAGGAUCGGAAUGACCUGGAAGACGUCGUCUUCAAGCUUUUCGAUGAGCAAAGUUUUUGGCCCUUGAAGCAGCUCGUUCAGAAGACUCAGCAGCCGGUAGCCUUCUUGAAGGAAGUUUUGAAUGAUCUGUGCAUCUACAACAAGAGGGGUCAACACCAAGGGAUGUACGAGAUGAAACCGGAGUAUAAGAAGCAUAAGUCAGCAGAAGAACAGGUGGAUGAAGUCGCGGGAUUAGGAAUGACUUAGCCGAUGUCGUCUUCAAGCUCAUCGAUGACCAAAGAGGACAAAGCAGCCGAUGGCCUUCAUGAAGGAAGGGUUCAAUCAUCUGUGCGUCUACAGCAAUGAACACCAACAAGAGGG